AUGAGUAGAUUAUUGAGAGUUACAAGUGCCACUACUCUAAAAAGAUCUGAUUAAAUCAACCAGAGACUAUAUGAGGAUGCCGAUCGAAUGUUAUCUAGUCUUUAAGUGGUUCCAGCUUUAUCAAAGUUCAAAGAAUGUUUAAUCAUUUGAUUUUCAUUAUUUAGAUAUUGAACGUAUGAAGGUUUAACAUGGUUACGAUAGCCCUCUUUUUGAUUUUAGGGGUAUUAUAGAUAGGAUAUGCAAUUUUGCCUUGAGAUUACAAGAAAGCUCUGGGAAAUCCGAUCUUCCAAUUUUGAUUCUAUAAUGGGCUGAGGACAUUACAAGACACACUUUACUAAUGUAUACAAAAACUUUAACAGUAGCAAGGAUGUGUAACGCUACUAAGUGAUGGCAUAUAAGAAGGCUGGAUAAGACAUGAUGCAAGUUACAGAAAAAACACCUAGAAAAAUAGUGCUUUAAUCACCAAAACCAUUAGCAUUUGUAAAAAGUGAACCAAAAUUAAAAACAUUCUAUUUUAGAGGGAAUACUUCAAAAUAGUCCAUAAAAUAAUUGAGUGAUUUAUUAGAUGAAUAGAAAUUAUAAUAAUAACUGUAAUCACCAUAAUCAUAAUAACCUACAAAGAAAAAUUUUGUGAUAAAGAAAAAUAAAAUGAAUGAACCUAAAGAAGAAAAAGAAGAGAAAUAGAUAGUUGAAGAAAAGACUGAAAAAAAGAAUGAAAAGUUUGAUUGGAGUAGUUCUGAGGAAGAAAACCAUGAUUAAUAGAUAGUUUAGACAAAUCAAAUAUCAAUAAUUGAAGAGAAGAAAUCAAAGGAAAUUAGAAUAAAAUUUUUGAUAAAUGAAUUAUAACUGAAAUUUGAAGCUAGAGUUAUAGAAAUUAAAAAAACUAAGGAUGAGAUUGUGUAUCCAAUUAAAGCAAUAGUAAAAUUAUAAAGUCAUUGGAGAAGGAAGGCAGCUUAAAAGAAAUUGGAAAUAAUGAAGAGGGAAGAAAAGAGAAGGAAACUACAAGAGAGAUAUGAGGAACUUAUAAAAAAGAUUUAGUAGUGGUUUAGAAGUUUGAGAAUAUAGAGAAAGUUUAGAGAGAUUGCAUAUUAAUUGUUAGAUAUAAAGAGAAGAACUAUAUAUCCUCAUAAAUAAUUAUUGAGUGCUAUACUUAUAUAAAGACAUAUUAGAAAGUGUAUAGCAGUAAAUAGAUUUGUGAAAUAGUAAUCAAAAUCAGAGAAUGUAAUUAGAAAGAGAUUAAUUACAUUUCAUAUUAAAUAGGUUGCUGAUAAAAUUUAAAAUAAAUUGUUUUUAUUUUAAUUGACUUGGAAUGAAUAGAAAUUUUAAUUUAAAUUAUAAGCAUAUGCUAAAAAGAAAUGUGAUAGAUCACUUUUAAAACCAUUCAUAAUUGAAAUAAAUGAGAAAGAUUUCUUUUAUAUGUUUGCUAGAAUAAUUGAAUAUUAAGAUGCAUUAUAAGCUGAAAUAGAACCAAAUCAAAUUCAUCUUUAAGUGAUUUAAUAUUGUUGUUAGACAAGUUAAUCAUUUAUUUCAAUAGUUGAAAAUUCAUAUAAUUUAAAACUUGAUAGAAUUCAUAUUAUUAAAUAUUUGGCAAAGAUUCAAUUUGAAGAUUUAGUUUAUAUGGAUGAGUAAUCUAAUUUAAAUGUUGCAGGAUUUACAGAUUUUAAUUAUAGUGAUAUGUAUUAAGUAAUUUAAGAGUAAUAGAAAUCUAAAUUGGAAGUUAUGCAUAAAAUUGGUAAUCAUUUAUAAUUGAUUACAUUUUUAUAAAGUUAAUUUAAAGCAAGAAAUGCUAUUAAUACAAUGAGAUUUAAAGUAAAUAGAAGAAGACAUAUCAAAGCAUAAUUUGGACUUAGUUUUAAAUCAGGAUAUACUUAAGUUUUUAUUAAUGAUAAAGAUGAGAUAUUUGCUAAAGUGAUUUAUGAUCGUAAAUGGCAAAUAACAAAUAAAUUAAAAAUCAGUUAAUUAAUUACAAAAUAAUUGGGAUUUCCAAGUAGAGAGAAUUUCUUUGAUAUUUAUUAAAUUUAGGUGAAUACUAUAAUUUAUACAGAAGAAGGAUAAUAUUGGAUUAAUAAAGAAUUAGAAGCAAAUUAAAAGAAGAAAUAAUUCUCAUUUUCUUAAAUAGAGAGUUGUGUUAGAGUGAUUUAAAGAUCUAUUAGAUAACAUUUAUGUUAGAAAGAUUAUAUUAUAAAAAAGAAUACAAGAUAAUUUUAGUUUUAUAAAAAUGAAGUUAAAUGUACUAGUUUAGUAAAGAAAGUGGUUGUAUCUGGAGAAUCUCCAGCUAGAGCAUUUUUUAUGAAUUUUUCAUUAAUAGUGGAUUAGGUUACAAAUGAAUAAUCAAUUAGUAUAGAUGUUAGAUCAUUGGAACAUAAAUUUCCUUCUGAUUAUAUACAUCCAUAUAAAUAACCCUUAUAUAGUGAAAUGUCUAUAGGUGAAUUAACAAUGAUUGGAUAGAGAAUGAUGACUAUAGGGAAAGUGAUGUAAAUUAAGGGUUCUUUAAGAUUUGAUGUUAGAAAUCUAAUGGAAGUGUAAGGGAUGUUACUUAAUGAAUAAGAUUAUGAUUAAAAGUAAUCUACAGAGAAGAAGGAUGAUACAUUAUAGGCUAGAAAAUUGUGGAAUUCACAUAUGAGAAAAUCAUGGAUUCAAGAUUCAAAUAUUGAGAUGGAUAUAAAUAUAUUGGAGAGAGUAAAACCAAAAUAAAUGAAAAAUAAAAAGAAAAGUAAUUAAUAUUUGGCAACAUUAUUUAUAAGAAGUAAUUAUUCAAGUUGGAAAAGAAGUUAUUACAAAUGUUUAAUGGAUUAAAUUGAUGUAAAAUGUUAUGAUUAAGAAUCUAUAUCAAAUUAUGUUCGUGAAUAUAAAUAUAUUAGUGAAUUUGGUUAUGGUGAUUUGGAAGAAGGAAAAUAUAAUUUGGAUUUCUUGUAAAUAAGGAAAGAUGAAUAUGAUUAAAGAGAAUAGAGAAAAGCAUAAGAAGAAUAAGAAAAGAAAUUAAGAGAAUAAUAAAUAAAAGAUGAAGAAAGUAGAAGAAUAUAGAAAGAGAAGGAAUCUCGUAUUUUAAUCUUUUAAGAAUAUUGUGUAGUUAGUUCAUAAAGAAUUCUUAUUAGAAUAAUAUUUAAUAAAUAAACUAAUUAAUUAGAGGUGGAAGGUAAAACUGAAUUGAAUAUAAGUUUAAGAUGUAAUAUAGAUAUACUUAGUGUUUUAAAUGGUGAAGUAGAGAUGGAAUUUUUGAAAUAAAAUUUGAGUUAGAGUGUAGUUAAAUAUUUAUAAAUAGAUGAAGGAAUAUUUAAUUUUGUAAGUGAUUUUAGAGCAUAAGAAUAAUUAUUGAUAGAAUAAGAAAUAUGGAAAGCUAGAUAACAUCGUUAACCUAAUAUGGAGAAUGUAGAAGGUGAUAUAUAUAAUUUAGUAAAUGUUUUUAUUAAUUUGAAUAAAAGUAAGUCUAUGUAUGAAAAUUUGAUUGAAAAUAAAUAUUAAGCAGUUGUAUUAAGAUAAAAUAGAUGUUUAGAUAGAAUUCAUGAAUAUUUAAUUAAUUUAAGUGAUCAAUAAAUAAUAUUUACUGUUUAUUUUGAUGAUAAUCCAGAAAUGUUUAAAACUCAUAUAAUACCUGCAAGAGAUUUUGAAAAUUAUAGAUUAAUGAAAGUAGUUAAGAAUAGUCCUCCUUAAAAGAUUUGUAAAUUAUUAACUCCUUUAAUGAAUUAUUUGGAUGAUAAUUUAGUUAUUUAUGAAAAUCAUACAACAAAUUUUUUAAGAAUCAAACCAUUUUUAAGUAAAAUAUUUAAAGAUUUAUUUGCUCUUAGAAUAUAGAGAUCUCUUAAAAUAAAAUCAUAAUUUAAAUAUUAUUUAUAAUAUAGAAAGAGAAGUGAAAAAAAUAUCUUUUUAAUGCAUCGUUAUAUCUAGAAAGAUAAUAAAUAUAUUAAAAUUAUGUUCUUUUUAACUUAAUAUUAAAUUAAAAUUGUAUUUCAUUAAUUAAAUGAAAUUGAUGGUAAUGGUAAUAUGGUAGAUAAUAAAGUUAAGAAAGUAUACUUUUUAAAUCUUCUUGAUUAAACACUAGAUUAAAAAGAAUUUACAAAUGUUAAAGAUAAAUGGAUUGAAAAUAAAGGUGUUCAUUUACCAAAUUAUUAUGAAUAAAUGUAUAAACCUUUAAUUGAAUAUAUUAUUCGUAUAAUUAGAGUAGAAACACCAUUUGAAAUUUCUUUUGAAAAUGAAUUUAAAGUUACUGAAUUGAAAGAAAUUCCAUAAAAGAAAAAGAAUGAUACUUAAUUUUAUAGUAUGAUUUAAGCUAUUACAAAACUUUAAGUACAUUACAAAACAAGAAAAGAUAUGUAAAUCUAUAAUCUUAAAGUUUAAUGUACUGAUAAAUCACUUGUAAGAUAAAUUGGUAAAUAAUUUAAUAGAAGUUUCAAAAUAAUAUAGGGUUAAUACUAUAUUAUUAAUAUGUAUAAAAUUCUAUAAGGAUUUGAAACUUAAAUUACUGUUGAUUUAAUUUAAUAUAAUAAUAGACGUAUUAGAUAUAGAGGUAUUCAUAUUUUAGAUUCAACUGAAAUGAUUAAUAUAGGAUCUAAUAAAAUAGCAGAAUAUAUUAUUAAUUAAGUUUUUGUUAAAGAUGAUUUAUUAUAAUUUGAAAGCAAUUAAUACAAAACUGUUUAGGAAAUUGAAUAACAAAAGGAAGUUGUAGAUGUUAGAAGUCCUGGUUUAAGAUUAGAAAUAUAAAAAGCAGAUAAAAAUGAGAUUGUUAAUCAUUAUUAAUAAAAUUAAUCAGAAAUUUAUUCUGAAACUAUAUACAAUGUUGUUUAUUCAGGUUAAGUUAAAUAGAAAUCAGUUGUUUAAGAAUUAAAGAAUACUGUUUAAAUAUCAGUUGAAUUAAGUGAUUUUAAAAAAUUAUAUCCAUAUUUACAUUAAGAUGAUAAAAUAGCAAUGAAAACUAUAAGUGAAUCAAUUAUAGAUGCUGUAAAAGUUGAUAAAUAAGGAAAAGUUUUAAUUAAUGUUUAAAAGAUUAAUCCAUCUUUAAUUUAAGUGGAAAAUGGAGAAAUAGAUGUUUAAGAUUAAAUACAAAGUAAAUUUAAACCUGAAAGUUAAAUUAUUUUAGCCAAAAAAAUAGUAUAUUUUGGAAAACAUAAAUUCUUAAUGAAAAUUAGUGUACUAGAAAAAAGAGUUACAAAAAUAUAAGCUGAUCCUGCUGAUGCUGUUGAAAAUCAUUUUGAAUCCUUAUUUUAAGUAGCUGCUAUGUCUCUUGAUAAAAAAGAUAGAGAUAAUGAUAAUACUUUUAAUAUUGAAUGGGAAUUAUCAAGUGAAGAUGCAUAAUAAUUAACUCAUUAAAAAGAUAGAAAAGUUAUAGCUAAUGAAUUAAGCAAAAGAACUUUAAUUGUUAAAGAUAAAUUUAUAUUUCUAGCUAUUGAUAAAAAAGAUAUUUAAAGACAUCAUUAUUAAAAUUGUAUACUAUUUCUUGAAAAAGGAAUUAGACCAAUAUAACAUCAAUUCAGAAAUAGAAAAAGAUUAAUCAAUUUUAGAGAUUACAAAUAAACUGUUAAAUAAUGGAAAGAUUAAUAUGGUUAAUUAUCAAGUUCUGCUUCUCUUUAUAUUGACAAUCUUUGUAGUGAUUAAUAAUUCAUAGUAUUAUCUGGAGAAUAUAAAUCCAAAAGACUUAUGUUGAUUUGUUGGAAUCUUGAAGACUUUGAAAAAAAAAGUAUUGAAAUACCUAAAUAAUAAGUAAUAUAUUCUAAUCUCAUUUAUAGUAUUAAGAAUUAAUCAUGAAAAAUAAAGAUGUAGCCAUUAAAUUAUUGACAUCCUAUAUAGAAUAUAAGGAUAAUGAAUUAGUAUUUAGACCUCCUUAAUUUUCAGAGAUUAAAAGUAAAUUAGAAUUCUUAUCCAAUCAAUAUAAAGAGUGA